CACAACUCCACUACAAGAUGUUAUCGAUACUACGGAAAGCGAGAUUAAAAGAUAAGGAGAUGAGGAUACUCAUGCUCGGUUUGGACAAUGCGGGAAAGACAACUAUCGUGAAAAGGAUCAUGAACGAAGAUGUAAACAGCGUCAGUCCGACGCUUGGAUUCAUCAUCAAGACUAUCGAAUAUGACGGGUACAAGCUGAAUAUCUGGGACGUGGGCGGCCAGAAGACGCUGCGGACAUAUUGGAAGAACUACUUCGAGAAGACGGACACUCUUAUCUGGGUCGUUGAUGCCACGGACCGCGAGCGGAUCGACGAUUGUCGCCAUGAGCUCGAAGGGCUUCUGCAGGAAGAGCGUCUCAUGGGAGCAAGCUUGCUGGUGUUCAAGAACAAGAGCGACGUGCCGGGCGCCAUGACGGAGGACGACGUUCGCAGGGGCCUUCGGCUGGACUCGAUCAAGACGCACAAGUGGACCAUCAUGGCCUGCAGCGCGAUGACGGGCAUGAACCUGCAAGAGGGGCUCCAGUGGGUGGUGCAAGACGCCAAAGCGCGACUUUUCUUGUACUAAGUCAUGCGCGAGGUGGAAGCCCUCGAGGUUAGGUGGUGCUGUUCCGCGGCUGCAAGGGGCAGCUGGACCUUAGCAAGCUAAAAAUGGAAAGCGCGACCUAGUUACUGUGUACAGUACAAGCGCGCCAACAGUGGAGACAGCAUGUGAAGUUUGAAAAC